ACCUACGCCUCCCUCCCUCCCACUCAGUAAACUACCACACCCCUCUCUUCUUCCUUCCCUUGCCACUUCUACUUCUCACCUGUUAAGUUUACCCUCUCUUCUCCACCAGUCCCCCUUCAUUUCAAGCUCCUCCCUCCACUUUGUUCCUCGUGUGAGCCAGUUUGGGGGUAUAAAGGUAUGCUAAUGUGAAGAAACCUAACUUUUCUGCUCCGGGGAGUGAGGAAGACACGAGGCAGACGCAACAGAGCAAACAGAGGGACUGUCUGAGAGAGGAAAACUGCAGUUUAAAAAGACAAUUGGACUGAAUUCUCGCAGACUUCCUCUGCAACCAUGGGGCUGGGAGUGAGUAUACAACUCUGUCACAUGUUUUGGCCUAACUUUCUAAGAGUCUUUAGUUUUAGACUUGUUACGAUUCCCAGUUUUUAAGCUUAGAUCAAGUUACUGCUUCCUCUUAACAGCCGACAUUACUUAAUUUUGAGAGACGCUCUUAGGAGUCUCUGAAACCCCUUAAACUUUUCCAUACGGAGAGUUUUACGAGCACAUUCCUCUUUAAGAACGACCAACAUAACGUAUAGCGCAUGUUUGAACAGCGACAGUGCCACUCCUUGGCGCCACAAAAGAGGAAGUCUCUUACAUGUACUCAGUGUCAUGCUUAUUGUGCUUUUAUAUGUUUUCCUUCUGCUAUUCAGAGAGGGACGGAUGGCGAGGAAAAGAAAAGCAAAAAAGGAGGCAAAGGGGAGAAAGGGAUGGAUGAUCUGAAGAAAGAAGUUGACAUAGUAAGUACACGAAGAAAUGGAAAAGCAGUGCGCCCUCAUGCCAGGGUGGAAAAUUUGUCUGAAUCACUGCGCUUGAGUAAAACAGGCAUCAAAUUCACAAAGAUGACUCAUACAGGCCGUGGUCACACUCGUGGUCACAGCUGAGACUUACUCCUAAAUCAUGUGAAUAUAGAUCCGCCAAGGCUCUUAUCAGGAUUGUCUCCAGAGUAGUUUGAUCUGUAAAUAACUUUAUCAGCCACAGCCACACAGGUCCUGAAAUAAAAAGGUGUGAAUAUUUGCAGACUGGUGGACACACCUACUUUAUGAAGACCCGAAACACAGAGUUGAUGUGAGGACCCGGUUGUAAUUCCAAAGCCGAAGAUAAUGAUGGUUAUUCCAAGUGGAAAGUUGGACUUUUGAGGGUCUAAACAUGUCCUGAAACUUACCUGACUUUGCAGGUGUUGUAGGCCCAGUGAAAAAUUCCAAAUCUUCCCAUAUCCAAGCAGAACUAAGAUGGUCACGGACAAAAAUCCACAGGUUCCCGUUGUGUCAAAGACAUAAAAACUCCGAACUGUUUGACUUUUCUUUUUUCUUAUAAAAACAACAUUGUUGUUACAACCUCUGCAACGGAUCCACACCCAGCUACCGCCAAGCCCCCACAUGUAUUGAACCCUGAUGUGCGCAAAGGUGCCAGGACACGCCCAAAGCUGCUUGUAGCUUCAUUGUGAUUUUGGAAUUUCCUGCGUUGAACAGUUGCUCUUAAUUUCAACGGAGUCAGCUUUGUUCUGGAUCUGUUGGUAAUUUUCCAACAUCCCAGGCACUUAAAAUCAGGGGAAAAAAAGGUCAGCAAAUAAUUUGACACCAAGGGACGGAUUUACCAAGAUGACAAAUAACGAGUACAAAGCUGUGUGUUCAUCACGUCGAGAAGAAGAACUCUGUUAUUCAAAAAGAAGACCCCAGAGAAGAGAGAGACGCAAUUUCCCGUGUGUUGACAAUGACGUUAAGAGGAAAUACUUUCUAUGUUUAUAUUGUUUGUCUCACUGCAUUCCUCAGGAUGUUGCAAGAGUUCAGGUCUCCUCUCAGAAAACAGAGUCUUCUGCGGAACUUGAAAAUUCAGAUUCAUGUUCUGCUCUACUGCAUUGCGUGCAAAGAUUACAGCAUUUAAGCCGUUAUGGAAAAUAUGAGGUAGGAGGCAGAUAUCAUCACAGAUCAUCGGAAUUACAAUCUAUUCAUUCACUGGCUGGAGGCCUUUUUUUUUAACAACAGUGCCCGGGCAUGAUUGUGCCUGCAUCGCUGGAAUUUAACUUCCAGAUAAACUUUGGUUUGCGUUUGAUCUUUACUCUCAAAGGAAGAUUUGUACAGUAUAAUAAAACUAGAAAAGCACUUGGAGAGCGCAGAUCUCCGCCAAGCAGCUCAUGUCCCCCCUUAUAUUGUGAUUCACACCAAAACUUUUACUGUUACUUGUCUUUUAUUAACUUUAUUUGUGUUUAAACUGGUAUGUUCACUGUUCAUAAUGUUCCUAAAACAAGAAAAGCCCUGACCAGGAUUUGAACCCAGACCAUUCUGGUUGUGAGGCGACAGUGCUAACCACUACACCACUGUGCCGCCUAUCUACACCACUGUGCCGCCCAUUGGUUAUCUUUUAGCACUGAAAAUUCCAACGACACCCUUAUAUUUGUGUGUUCUGGAUCACAGUAUCCAGAAGUUUGUCCGGAUCACCAACAAAAUUUAAUGGGAGACGCACCUCUGGUGAAAAUUUCGGGUCAAUCCAUCUGUUACUUUCUCCGUAAAGUUGCUAACAGACAAACAGACAAACCAAUUCUACCGAAAACAUAACCUCCUUGGCGGAGGUAACCAGAUGGGUGAUGCUGAUGGGACUGAAUAGAUUGAGUCCUCCCAUGUGGACCAAGUUUAUCUCACUUUUGGAAUCAUCAGCAUGUUUUGAGAUUUCCAGAUUGUUGCCUGGUCCAGGUGUCAUCUUUGAUUCCCUUUCCCUCUCUCCUUAGGAUGAUCACAAGCUGUCCCUGGAUGAACUUCACGAAAAGUAUGGAACUGACCUCACCCAGGUAACCCUGCAGUGGAGCACCUCUAAGUCUACUACACACAAUCACAAUGGUCGUAUCACAUUUUAACCUAUUGUUUCCUAUGUUGCGAUGAUUCCAAAAUCAUCCCUCACCUUGUUUUUGUGUCUCUGAUCAGGGUCUUACCACGGAAAGAGCAAGAGAGGUCCUGGCCCGGGACGGCCCAAACACCCUCACACCUCCUCCAACCACACCCGAAUGGGUCAAGUUUUGUAAGCAGGUAAAAAUCGCCUUGAAGUGGAAAUGCCCAGAUGGUUAAAAAAAAACGUAGAUACAUCUUCCAGUAGUACCAGAAGAGUCCUGAAUCAGUCUUUUUGUUUCUUUUGAUUCUAGCUCUUCAGCGGUUUCUCCAUGCUGCUGUGGAUCGGAGCUUUCCUUGGCUUCCUCGCUUACGGCAUUGAGGUUGCCACAACAGAUGAACCUGCUAAUGAUAAUGUAAGGACUUCUCCACCUGUACUUGAGGAGUUACACCCACCAUAAAUGAUUGACUGACUGUUUUCUCUCGCUGCAGUUGUACCUGGGUAUUGUGCUCACUGCUGUCGUCGUCAUCACUGGUUGCUUCUCUUAUUACCAAGAGUCCAAGAGCUCCAAGAUUAUGGACUCCUUCAAGAACCUGGUCCCACAGGUGAGCUUUUCCCGUCAUUUCCCCCCCCUGUAUAAACAAUCUUCAACGAAAGAGCUUAUUAUUGAGUCCUCUGUUUCAAAAUUUGUCCCACAGCAAGCCCUUGUUAUCCGUGACGGUGAAAAGAUGAGUAUCAACGCCGAAGAGGUGGUGUCAGGAGAUCUGGUGGAGGUGAAGGGUGGAGACAGGGUCCCUGCAGAUCUGAGAGUCAUCUCUGCUCAUGGCUGCAAGGUUUGUCCCUCAAAGAACCGCUAUAAUCCACUUUAUAUUCCAAAGGCAGAUCAGAAAGUCAUGUUCACUGUAGGUGCUGGUUUGAAGGUACAAAGGUUUCCAUCAAGUGUUCUGACAUGUAGCUCAUCUGGUUUCCCUCCCCUCUCCUAAAUCCUCUCCCACCCAAGCAGAAUUAAGAGCUUUGGGUACGACAGCUCAAAAGAAAGUCUUCUGUUGACUGACUUUUCUUUCUCUCAUGAAUACACCACUGUUGGCUCAGUUUGUACAACUGCUCCACACCCUGAUAACGGCCAUCCCCCUACAUGCAUUGCACUCUGAUGUCUGUCAAGGUGCCAGGGCACGCCCAAAGCUGCUUGAACAUGAUUUCGAAAUUUCAUGUUUAACAGUUGCUCUAAAUUACAUGUUGCAAAUCUGUAGCUGGUUUUGGUUGUUCUCCAAAGUCACAGGCCCUCUGGCAUCAAAUUCACUCUGAAGUUAAAGGUGGGGUCGGCAGGAUUCCAUUAAAGAAGCAUCUUUUUUUGUGGUGUAUUUACAAAAAAGCUUUAAAUAUCAGUCAAAACCUAUUAGUUAUUGAUGACAUUUGGGAAUAUCAAGAUAUCUUUGUGUUCUCUUAUGUCUGUGUAGUCAACAUUUGAACAUUUUUUGAGUGGCCCGCUCUUUCUGACUGUAAACAAAGCCGUUCUCCGCCUCCCCCAACCUGAUUGGUUGUGAGGCGGAUGCUACUCUUCUGUGUCGUUCAUGAGCCCAAACAAAAUUAUGUGCUACAAAAGUGGACAAUAGAAACCAACCAUAAAGUACGGAAUAUUGUCUGAAUCCAUCUUUGGCCACGACUGCCGACACAAGUAAGAAAACAAAGUAAAUAUGGGAGACUCUAGCAGAAUAACGCUUAUAAAAGAGGUAGACCGGACAAGAGCUAAGAAGCCAGGUCAACAUCAGCAUAACCGAUGGGGGAGGCUUCAGGAUCUUGGUGACCCUGUAACCUUUCUGCUGGACAGGUAAACCGCUUUAACAAAGUAAGACAAGUGUCUGUAACAGAAGUGUUUCUUGUCAAACGGACCUGCUGUAGCGUGUUGUAGCGCCGCUAAACUGUUUACCUCAGGUCCAGGACUAUGUCACUUUAUCCUAGAUGUAGAAGUCCUGCAAACAUUGUGUUUGCUGGUAGUCUGUUGGCAUCUACAGUAGCACCAGUGCUUUUUACUUUCACGUCGACUGGGCCCCUGUUGGCUGGGCCUCUGUUUGUGGGCGGGGCUUGCUGAAGCAGAGAGGGAGGGGAGAGGAGGAACUGAGGGACAAACUGGUUGGGAGGGGUAGAGUUUACAUUCAAGAUUUAUCCCAAAAACUGGCACUUCCUCAGACCCUGCCUACCCCACGUUUAAUACAGUAAAAGUUCUCUGACUGAUUUCACACCAGCUAUUGUAUAACCGAUGUACUUUUGUUUGCUUUUUAUUGGAAACUGAGAACAAACUAAUUACUGUGCUCUGGAGGUCAUAAAACAGUCAAUCCUCGCUAGAAUGUAAAUCCAAACAUCCAAACCAUUCAUGUCACUUCACUUCACUGCAGACAUUUGUGUUCCAGUGCUAAAGCUUUUACACUUCCAGGUCGACAACUCCUCCCUCACUGGCGAGUCCGAGCCCCAAAUUCGUACACCGGACUUCUCCAAUGAAAAUCCUCUGGAGACCAGGAACAUUGUUUUCUUCUCCACCAACUGUGUUGAAGGUAAAAAACUUAAUUACUCAGGGUUAAGUUUCAAAAUCAGUGUCCUGUCUAAGGUGCUUCAGCCUGCCUGCUCUUCCUGUUUCCUCUGCAAACUCCUUGGCAACCUCCAUCCUAGCUCCUCCUUUUUAUGACAUGUCUGAUUUUACCAGUGUCAUAUGCAUUGCCACUGAUGCAUGCUCUCUUCUCUACCCUAAGGGUCUUUGCUGCUGCUCUUCCUACCUUGACAUUUGUGGAUGCACAUGAAACAGAAGGGAGGUGCGCUCUAGUCGCUCCACAUGCACAAGUGGAAAGGCUGGAACUUCCCAGAACAACUUGCUGCAUGAAAACAACUGCAGUAAGUUGCCUGCUUUGUUCUGUAACCUAAGGGUCUUUGCUGCUGCUCUUCCUUCCUUGGCUUUAUGUAUUAAAGGUAAUUAAUUCUAUUUGAUGAAAGUGGUCCUAACAGACAUUUUCUCCAGGUACCGCCAGAGGGAUUGUCAUCAACACCGGAGACCGUACCGUCAUGGGUCGAAUCGCCACCCUCGCUUCCAGCCUUGAAGGCGGCAAAACCCCCAUCGCCGUCGAGAUCGAGCAUUUCAUUCACAUCAUCACCGGUGUGGCCGUCUUUAUUGGUGUCUCCUUCUUCAUCCUCUCGCUCUGCCUUGGGUACAAUUGGCUGGAGGCCAUCAUCUUCCUCAUCGGUAUCAUCGUCGCUAACGUGCCUGAAGGUCUCCUGGCUACUGUCACUGUGAGUUCUGGUGUCACGUGUUGCGUGUUUUUGAACAGGAUAUGUGGAAGUUAAAUUAAUCAUAUGGAAAUGAUGUUUGGCUCUAGGUGUGUCUGACUCUGACCGCCAAGCGUAUGGCCAAGAAGAACUGCUUAGUGAAGAACCUGGAAGCCGUGGAGACCCUGGGAUCCACCUCCACCAUCUGCUCCGAUAAGACCGGCACUCUGACCCAGAACAGGAUGACUGUGGCUCACAUGUGGUUUGACAACCAGAUCCACGAGGCCGACACCACCGAGAACCAGAGCGGGAACUCUUUUGAUAGGAGCUCGGCCACCUGGUCCGCCCUGUCCAGGGUUGCUGGGCUCUGUAACCGUGCCGUCUUCCUGGCUGAUCAGCACGACGUCCCCAUCCUGAAGGUGAAAAUCUACCAGUAUGCAACAUUGGCCUACAAAGCUCUCCACAACCAGUUUCAAACCCACUAAUAUGGAGUAACUCUUCACACAUAACUGUCAUGGAGAAGUUGUGGUGUCCAGAUAAUUGGGCUGUUAGUAGUUGCUCUUCGCCAAUAAUAUGUUCUAAGGGAGUUCAGUCAUAUCAGAACAAAACUUGUAUACAUGUAUUCUCCAUGAUGCUGUUGCUAGGAUACAGACUCAACAUCCUGAGGUGUACUAAGAUCAGGAGACCUUAACCGUGUCACUAUCUCGUCUCACCUGACUGGAUGUUGACUGUCCUACAAGAGAGAACUUUUGAUGAGAUUCCAGACAAAUGAAUUUCCUUUAAGGGAUGAGUAAAUUUCUUGUAUUGUAUAUUUAUCUGUCCCUCAUCCACAGAGAAACACAGCUGGUGACGCCUCAGAAUCCGCUCUGCUGAAGUGCAUCGAGCUGUCCUGCGGAUCAGUCAGCGGCAUGAGGGAAAAAUACCCAAAGCUUGCCGAGAUUCCCUUCAACUCCACCAACAAAUACCAGGUACACAUCUGGAAAAGUUUCCCAUAAUACUCCAACUCAAAUGUCUAUUUUAUUAGUUUAUCUCAGCAGGCAAAGAAAGACAAAACAAGGACCCAAACUGAAAACUGAAAAGUUCAACUAGACGAAAAACACAGAAGGAAAAAACAAAAUAAUUUUACUUUCAAAAUGUCCAACUAAACAAAAAAUACUGGCAAAAACCACAAGGUCAAGGUGAAGUUUGUGGGGCGAUUGUUGAUUUAUGUCUCCAUGUGGUUGUGCUACCUCAAAUUUCCCCUGAUUUAUUUUUCAAAAAUAGUUGUUUGACUGAGAGAAAAACAUCACUGUAGACUUAAUUAAAAAAGGUUUUAACCAGAGUUCCUUGUCCCAUAGCUCUCCAUCCACACGAACACAACACCAGGUGAAACCAAGCACCUGCUGGUCAUGAAAGGAGCCCCUGAGAGGAUUAUGGACCGCUGCUCCACCAUCAUGCUCUCUGGCAAAGAGCAGCCUCUAGAUGAAGAGAUGAAGGAUGCUUUCCAGAGUGCUUAUGUUGAUCUGGGAGGACUUGGAGAGAGAGUGCUGGGUAUGAACACGUGGCUUCACACAUUUAAGUCUUGAUUACAUGAUGAAGAAAUCAGAAAUCAGACCCCUGACUAGCGUUUCUUUCCCACAGGUUUCUGCCACUUUCAACUUCCUGAUGACCAGUUCCCAGAUGGCUUUGCUUUUGACACUGAAGACGUGAAUUUCCCCACUGAGAACCUGUGCUUCAUCGGCCUCAUGGCCAUGAUUGACCCUCCUCGUGCCGCUGUGCCAGAUGCUGUUGGAAAAUGCAGGAGCGCUGGAAUCAAGGUACCAAACUGAAGUCUUUUCAGGUUCAAGUUUCAGAUGGUCUGUGUGAACCUCAUCAAAAAUGUACACCCUCAGAAAUUUCCAGACAAGGCAAAUAAACUGACCUUAACUUUUAGGUAUUUUUCAGUUUCAACUUUUAUCUAAAAAACUCUUAAUUUCUUGUCUUCAGGUCAUCAUGGUCACAGGUGACCAUCCCAUCACAGCUAAGGCUAUUGCAAAAGGUGUGGGUAUCAUCUCAGAGGGCAACGAGACCGUUGAAGACAUUGCCGCUCGCUUGAACGUACCAGUGUCAGAAAUCAACCCGAGGUCAGUGACUCAACAAAGCUUGGACCUGAGGGUUCAGUUCAGAAAAUGUUUGAUUGUUUACGUUUAUUGUACCUCUUGUCCAGUUUAAGGAUGUUAAAAACAACUAAUAGUCCACUGCUGUUAUGAUUUCCUUUCUAGGGAUGCCAAAGCCUGCGUCGUCCACGGUGGCGAGCUGAAAGACAUGACCUCAGAGCAACUCGAUGAUGUGCUGAAAUACCACCCUGAAAUCGUUUUCGCCAGAACCUCUCCUCAGCAGAAACUGAUCAUCGUGGAAGGUUGCCAGAGACAGGUACGAUCAUAAAGAUGCGUCCAAAGACAUCUUCCAUGCUUGAUCGUCUGUUUUUGUUGGAAAUCCUACGAGUAUCUUGUUUUCUUUCCUCAGGGAGCCAUUGUAGCUGUAACAGGUGACGGUGUGAACGACUCUCCCGCUCUGAAGAAGGCCGACAUCGGUGUUGCCAUGGGUAUCGCCGGAUCUGACGUCUCCAAGCAGGCGGCUGACAUGAUCCUGCUGGACGACAACUUUGCCUCCAUCGUUACUGGAGUGGAAGAAGGUAAGACCUGAACCUGCAGAGUUGUGAAAGUGGAGACCACAAAAAGCAUCAUGUAACUGGAUUUCCUCUCUUUUCUAGGCCGUCUGAUCUUUGACAACUUGAAGAAGUCCAUCGCCUACACCCUGACCAGUAACAUCCCCGAGAUCUCACCCUUCCUGCUUUUCAUCGUCGCCAACAUCCCGCUGCCUCUGGGAACCGUCACCAUCCUCUGUAUCGACCUGGGAACUGACAUGGUAAACUACCUAAAGGAAUUAUUCUUCAGGGACAUCAAAACACGUUCUGGGAAGUUAAACUGCAUCUGUUCUCUCUCAGGUUCCUGCCAUCUCCUUGGCUUACGAAGCAGCUGAGAGCGACAUCAUGAAGAGACAGCCCAGAAACCCCAGAAGAGACAAACUUGUGAAUGAGAGGCUCAUCAGUAUGGCCUAUGGACAGAUCGGUAAGCAUCUCGUGAUGCCUAAUUCUAAUUGGCGGAUCAGAAAUUUUUUGUGAAACUUCUGUGGAAGAUCCAUCUGAUUGAAACCAUUUCUCCUUUUUAAGGUAUGAUGCAGGCCGUAGCUGGGUUCUUUACAUACUUCGUGGUCAUGGCUGAAAAUGGUUUCCACCCAACGGACCUUAUAGGUACCAGAAAAUCCUGGGACGACAGAAACGUACAGGACGUGGUGGACAGUUACGGACAGGAGUGGGUCAGUACCAACAAUUAUCCCAUUUUUUUUUCUCCCAGUUUCAUUUUGUUUUUGUACUCAAUUCACAAAAAAUGGAAGUUAAAGUUAAAAACAUGAGCUAGAUACGUUGUAUGAGUGUUUGGCAAUGUCAGAAGGAGUUAGAGAAGAAAGCAAGCUGGUGAAGAAAAUAGGUUUGGAGGACAGGUGGAGCUUGAUGUCAUCCUUAUAGCAACGAAAAUACAUGUUGAAUUCACAAAAGAUAAGGCCAAGACACAGUAAAGAUAAACCAAAUAGGACCCAGGAAAGAACCCUGGGGAACACCAGUAGUGAGAACGGAUGUUUGAUUGCACCUUAUGAAACAAAAAAACAUUAUAAGUAAGUUGAAGCAUUUACAGAAAAUAAGACCAGGACACAAAAGGUUUAUUAUGAACUGAAGAGGACCCUGGAAAGAACCCUGGGGAACACCAGUAGUGACAUAAAAUAGCUUGAAUUUUGACAGUUUCUCAUCCAACUCCUUUCUUCGUCUCUUUGGUCAUUACCAUGCCAACAGUGGGGCAAACAGGGGUUUAACUGUGAGUUAGUUCACCACGUGGAGUGCUGCUUUGAUUGAGAAGAUUCCACAACUCCAAGAAAGAAGUGAGAGGGAAGUUGAGGACAAAAACUAACUCGCUCAAGCUCAAAGAAAAUCUGCUCAUCCUUGAAAUGUUCUCUCUAUCAGACAUACCAGCACAGAAAGGUCCUGGAGUACACCUGCCACACAGCUUUCUUUGUCAGUAUUGUGGUCGUGCAGUGGGCUGAUCUGAUCAUCUGUAAGACCAGGAGGAACUCCAUCGUGCAGCAAGGAAUGAAGUACGUAUGAAUCGGCACAGAUAGUAGAAGAAAUGACAUCAAUGACAUAUGACUGGAGGGUAAAAUUUGGUUAGUAAAAAUUAGACUCAGUACCAAUUAUUUGUCUUUUCCUUUUCUAGGAACCGUAUCCUCAUCUUUGGUCUGUUUGCGGAAACGGCUCUUGCUGCUUUCCUUACUUACUGCCCGGGCAUGGACAUUGCCCUAAGAAUGUACCCUCUUAGGUAAGUCAGAACACAUAAUCACAUCAGAGGUGUGAUUUUUCUGGAUUUAUCCAAGAAGUUGGAUUUCGCCCAGAUGGGUCAGUAGUGAGAACCAUAAAAACUGUUGGAGAAAGGGGAUAAACUAUGAAUGGAGCUUUAAAGAUAGGACCAUACUUUCUUUUAAGUAUCCAUCUCUUUUUUUCAGGCCAAGUUGGUGGUUCUGUGCCUUCCCCUACUCCCUCCUCAUCUUCGUGUACGAUGAAGCUAGAAAAUAUCUCAUCAGACGCUACCCGGGUGGUAAGACCCUCAUUGAAGCUUUCUGUUUCUUUUUAAACUUUUGUUCCAAAAAUCUGCUUUUCUGUGUCAAGAGGUCUCUGAAAUAGAGGACAGAGAUUACAAAAAAGUCCUCUUAGUCAAUUUUGUCCCUGCCUUGGUCAACAAAGAGGUUUCAUGUGAUCCAAACCUUCAAUUGAAAAUCAUUAAAAUUUCUGUUUAACACACUCAUAUUUUCCUGAAAUCCUUGUAGUUUUCCAAAAGUUUAAUAGCAAAAGUCGUUUCAAAGACUUUCUCAAAUUUCUGUCAAAAGUUUCCUAAAAAUAUUCCCAUUGAAAUUUCAAAAACAUUUCCCAAAUUCCCAAAGUACCCUUUUGUAUUUUUUCCUGAAAAUUUUCCAAAGCUUUUGCUAAUUUUUUCAUAACUGUUAGUUGUAUGUUUUGAUAAGGUUCCCACAAAUUUUUGAUUUUUGAACUUGAUUUCCAGAACUGUUAUUUAAAAUUCCAAAAGUAUUUGAAUAUUAAAUAAUAGUUCCUUCCAACUGACUUUUAAGGUUUUAAAAGCUUUCCCCAAAAUAUUUCCAAUAUUCCCCUUUUUAAAAAAAAAAGUUUGCCAAAUUUGUCUCCAGAAAUUCUUAAAAGAAUUUUAAAAUCUUUUCAAAAUUUCAAAUGGAUUCAGGAAAGAUUUCUGAAAAUUUGUACAAAAUUUCAAUUUUUUCAUUCUUAUUAAUUUUCAGGUUCCAUUUGUUUGAAAAGUUUUGAACAUUUUUGAAUGUCAGUCCUUAUUCUUUGUUGAAUAUUUCCCAAAAUUUAAACAUAUUUAACAAAGUUUUCCAGGAAUAACUGAUUUUAAUUCCUUAAUUUUUCCUAAAGCAUGUUUUAUCUAGGUUUGUCCAAUACCCUGAAAAGUUGCAGGAAGUUUUCCCUACUUCUCUGUAGAAUGUUUUCAAAUAAAUCAAAAGAGAUUUCUCAGAAAGUUAAAAAAAAGGAUUUUAAAUCGUUUAAAAUUCCACAAGCUUUAUCCUCCAAAAAUCCAGAAAGUCCCCCCAAAAUUUACUCAACUGUAAGUCCUGAAAAUUGUAAAUGAAGAUUCUUGCAGAUUCAUUGUGACAAAUAAAAACUCAAUAAAAACUUUCUAAAGUUAAAGACCUCAAAUGUGUCCCUAAUUGUGUCUCCUUUGUUUUCUUUUAGGUUGGGUGGAACAGGAGACAUACUACUGAGUCAACAGAAACGCAGGAGAAUCAGUCCAUUUUUCCACCGUUAUUUACUGCCAUGUUAAAUAUUUGUCUGAAAUGUCAGACGAGAUAAAACAAGGAUAAAUUAAGAGAAUCUUGAUGUAAAUGUUGUUUUCAAUUAAAAACUUCCUGAAUAUUCUAAAUCCACGCUGCUUGGUGUUUCUUUUUUAUAUCAAAUAUCACUGAAGUGUUCUCCACAGGGGAAAAAAAAACAGAAGUGUCUGAUGUAACGUCAAUAUUAUUUUACAAAAAAAUCAUGAGAAUUAAAACAUUGCACAAAAGAAAGAAAUGUCCAAAACUCGUGUUUUUUCUGGUGUUGCAAUAACUAAAGGGUGUAAGACUGUAUUUUUAGUUGUUUCACAAAUAAUGUGACUGCAACUUUUUUGUACAAAUUUUG